CUGAUUUCAGUCGCGUAUGACGACAGCGGAGAUGGGGGACCAAGCAGAACAACAGCAGCAGCGCGUGCAGCAGCGUGGGAGGAAGCGCACACUCCCAAAGCCAAGCCAAAGCACAUCGUCAUCGGCCUUGUUGCAGUCAGACGCGCAGCGGCUUGUCACACUGAAAGCCAUUCUCGCCUUUGAAGACGAGCACCGGCGGCUGCUGAGACAACUCAUCACGGAUUUCCGCGAUGCGAUAGCCAGCGAUCAGGAACUGGCUGUGGACCAGGCACAGCUGGAUCUGCUGUUCCCGCCAAUCUUGCAGUACAUGCACGACCAAUCAAAAACCACAGUGAAGUUGCUGUCAGCGCGGGUGCGCACUGCACAGGGCCGGGCCGUUGUUGGCGAUGUCUAUCAUCGCCUCUUUGACCGCGUAUCAAACGUCAACCAGGGCAUGUCGCGAGUGGAGUCUGCCUACUUUGAGUUUGCAUUCACACACGUGUCGCGGAAACGGCUGUUGGAGGAGAUCCUGACGACCAACAGCCACCCGCUGUACUCCAUUCUUCGCGUGACAAGCAGCCGUGUCUUUGAUGAAGGCAACACACUCACACACGCAAUCGACGCGCCCUUUCUUCACUUGCGAGCGUGGUCACGAAAGUUGCGCGCGCUCAUCAAAGCGACGCCGACAGACCAUCCUGAUGCAGUGUUUCUCAGGGAAACGGCAGAAUUCUUUCGUGCCCUCUCAAAGGAACUUGCAUCCGCCCUUCAGAGCGCUUCCAGCACAAGCCGGCCAAUCUCGUUUGCUGCGAGCGACUCAAGCCCAACAAAGGACGGGGCUGUUGCUACAGCUGCUGCUAACGGCAACACAAGCUAUGACAGCGUGAACAGCAGCAACACAAAGGCAUACAGGGGGAGUGCGCGGCUUCUCGAGCUCCCAAAGCACAAGACAAGCGACGACGAAACAUCUGCCGAGACCAAGGCACGAGCAGGUAGUGGCCGGCACAGCACAAAGAAGGGCAACAACGAUGACAAUGUCGACGCCAACACCAACGCCAACACAGACGAGGACAACACGCGCACCGCCAACGGGCGGCUGUCUGUGAUUUCGCGGCCAGAAUCGUUUACGCACGUGGUGCACAUGGGCCCUGACGCGGUGUUGUUUGGCGGCCUCUCUGCUGCCGCCAAGCAGGAACUCAAGAAUGCAACGCCAGGACGGCGGGCUGCGCUUGUUCGCCAGGGCGCGAGGGAAGGCAGCACCAGCACGGCGGGCCAUAACGUGAGCAGCAGCAGUCUGCUGUCUCCAACAUCACCAUCUUCCUCCUUCAUCGGGUCCUUUCGUGGGUUUUCUCUCCGCCGCCGCCAAGCAGCAACAGCGAAUGGUGACGGCAGCGACCAACUUCAGCGCUCGCGUUCGCUGCACUCCUCUCGUCCAAGCAGCAGAGACUCGGCCACGCUCUCCCCGACACACACGCGCACGCGUGCAUCUUCCACACGCGCAGCGAGACACCGCACCAGCAACGGAGGUGGUGGCGAUGGUAGUGGUGACGAGGACGUGGUGCCAGCAUCAGCGUCGUCACCUUCGCUGUUUCGUCGCGGUCUGCGAUUGUUCUCACGGCGAUCACGGCGCCGCUCACAGCGCACAGGCACCACGCACGGCAGCAGCGACGGUGCUGUUCACGUCGAUGGUGACGGUGGUGCUGGUGGUGCUGAUGACAGUCGGGGUGGGUCACGCGGUGCGCCAGGCAGUGUGGUGUCCACCGCGAAAGACAGCACGAUGGACACGAAGGUGAAGAGCAGCAACGGUGCCGGCCUAUCACCACUGGCGGCAUCACAUCGCCAGCGCGUGCGAGGUGACGGUUCGAGUCAGGUGAGCAGCACCAGCAGCGGACCGAGCACACCGUCCCGCAGCCCGCUCAUGCGCGCCCGGCAGCUGCUACAGGGCGGGCGCCGCAAGGCAAAGCGUGGUGGUGACGGUCACCGGCGACGCGGACGGAAGGUGGCACCGAGCAUAGCGGCAUCAGCGUCGAACGCGACAGGCGGUCGUGACGGCAGUGGUGCUGGUGGCCGCAUGCACGUGCAGUCGGCGUCGCUGGAGGGAUUGGACGACGUGUUUGAUGACUCGUCAGCAGGGAGCACGCCUGUGCUUGACCGCUCGCUGGCGUUUCGCACUGCACUCGCAGCAGAGGCAGCAGAACACGCCCUCACGUCGUCCCCAGCACGUACCGGCCAUCGUGGUGGCGGUGGUGGUGUGCAGGGGAAGGGAAGCAGAGGUGGUGGAAACACGGACAGACGAGGAGAGAAGCGGCAGACACGAACAGCAACAACAGCAACAUCAUCAGCAACAACACCAGCAACAGCAAGAACAUCAGCGGUAGCAUCGGUGGGUGCGGCCAAACAAGUGCAAAAGCAGCACGACGGUGGCGGCAACAGCAAGAGCGCGAGUAGCAGUCGCGGUGUUGUUGACUUUACGCGGGCUGCGAGUGUGUCGACAACAGCGCGUGUGCUCUCGUGGGGUGCGGGCGUUGCAGAGGCGACAACACGAAGCGACGAGGAGGAAGACAAGGUUGGACGACAGGCUGCUUCUGCUGAAGUGGUGGCGGGGCAGCAGCAGGAGGAGAACAAAGAGGGAAGUGAGACCGGGGAGACGGUGGAGGAGAAGGGGGAGGUGUUGACACGGAGAAAGGCGAGAAGAGGUAAUUCGGGUGUCGUUGAUGGUAAAGGGAACGCCAGUCCCGCGCACCGUCAGCGCGCGCCAACGAUUGUGGUGGACGGAGACAUUGUAGGUAAUGAUGAUGGUGUAGGUGAUGAUGAUGUUGGUGGCGAUGGUGGCGAUGGUGGCGAUGGUGGAGGACAACAUACGUUGCACAGCAGCCGCACCCACCAGAUAGCAGCGGCCGCUGGUGAUGACCACGAUAGCGGCGAUGAUGAGGAGGAUCCGAUGAACACGACACUGCAGUCGUCGUCGUCGUCCAUCGGGCGGCUGGAGGUGCUGCGGCAAGUGAGCACGGUAUCGCUCCCCUCAACAACAAUGGAGAUUGAUGACGAGGACAGCCUUGACUUUGAGCACAGCGAUCGUGACGACGACCAUGACGACCAUGAUGAUGGUGAUGGUGAUGGUGAUGGUGGGGACGAUGAUGACAAUUACGAUGGUGAGCAGAGAGGACGCAGCAAGGUGGCGUGGGCGGUUGGUCGCGACGGGCGUGCACAUGCCCGAGACGAGUCGAGUGCAAUGCAGCUACCGGGCAAUGAUGGCAGUGACGGCAGUCGUGUGGACGGCGGUGAUAGGGUUGACAUGAGCUCGGAUGGGUCCAGUGACAUUAUUGAGUGCUGAUUGUCUGCCGUUGUUGAGAGUGCGCGCGCGCGUGUGCGUACGUGUGUGUGUGUGUGUGUGUGCGUGUAUGUGUCUGUGAGAGAGAGAGAGUGUGUGUGUGUGCAUGUGUGUGUCUGUGUGUGUGUGAGAGAGAGAGAGUGUGUGUGUGUGCG